UCAGAGAGCUUCCCGCCCUCAAGGACGCUGGUAGGUUGAGCGGUCAUAGAGGGAGGAACGAACUCAGAGCGGGGGCCAGUGUUUUAAAACAAUAUUCUCUAUUUUAUGAAGUUCUGUUGAUAAGCUUUAGAGAUUUUUAGGAUAUUAAGCUCGACUGAAGGUACACGAGGAUGCCGACUGCAAGGUUUCAGAUUGGAGAUACUGUAAUGGGCCGCUGGCCUGGCAGUAACCUUUAUUAUGAGGUCAAGGUGCUGAGUUAUGACAACAAGACUCGGCUCUACACCGUCAUCUACAAAGAUGGUACUGAACUGGAGCUAAAGGAAUCUGACAUCACGAGCCUGACAAUAUUUAAGCAGGGUGUUACACGCUCUCGCUCCAGAUCCCGCUCUCGCUCACCGGGACGUCCGCGUCGCAGUCGUUCCCGUUCUCCAGCUAGGACGUCCCGCCGAUCUUCCACUCGCACCACAGAAGUGCGCAAGGAAAAACUCAAAGAAAUGCUGGAGGUCCGACUCACUCCUUUGCCGAUGACACACGAGAACAAUACCAACAACAAACAUGAGAAGAAAGAGGAAAAUAAUACAGCUACUAAUACAGCUUCCACAAUCAUUGAGGAGAAGACAGAGACUGAUUUAGAGAAUCAGGCAGCUGGGCGCUACAAUCUUCGGCGCAGGAAGGACCAGGGUGAUGGCAAGGCAGUUGAGUUGGAGCAAAAGACAGAGACGGAGACAUUAUCACAAAUUAAACCAUCCACUGCCAUCAAGCCAGCUGAUUUGGAGUUCGGAGGAAGAGUUGGUGUGUUCUUCCUGAUGUUUCUGUUGCCUGUGGCUGUGUUGGCAUUGCUUAUUCUCUGUGGGCAGAAGGAUGCCAGUCUCCAGAGCUUCCCUCUUGAGAUCCCUUCCUGUCAGUCUCUCUGGGACUCGCAGGUCUUCGGCAUCGUCCUCCUCUGGCUUCUCUUCCAGGCCGUUCUCUCCCUGCUCCCUGUUGGAAAGCUCGUUGAAGGAAUGCCUCUCAAGAAUGGGAAAACUUUGAAAUACAGGAUUAAUGGUUUCUAUGGACUCCUCCUCACGGCUGUGGCAGUAGGCAUUGCCGUGUAUCAGGGGGUGGAUUUCAGCUACAUCCAUGCUCACUUCCUGCAGUUCUACACCUCGGCCCUGCUCAUCGUCACUCUUCUCAGCAUCUACCUUUUUGUCCGCUCCCGUUGGGCAUCUAAAGAUGAGCUCGCUCCUGGGGGCAACUCUGGCUACAUUAUCUAUGACUUCUUCAUGGGCAGAGAGUUAAAUCCUCGCAUCAAGAACUUCGAUAUCAAGUUCUUUUGUGAAAUGCGUCCAGGUCUGAUGGGUUGGGUACUGAUUAACUUUGCGAUGUUGCAAGCUGAAAUGAAGCACCAGAAUCUGGAGAAUCCUUCUCCAGCGAUGCUCCUGGUCAAUAUCUUCCAGCUCCUGUGGGUCGUUGAUGGUAUUUGGCAUGAGGAGAAACUUCUGACCAUGAUGGAUAUAGUGUACGAUGGCUUCGGAUUCAUGUUGACAUUUGGAGAUCUGGCUUUUGUUCCCUUCACGUUCACCUGUCAAGCAUACUAUCUAGUCAGCCAUCCCAAUGAACUCUCUAUAUUCUGGAUCAUUACUCUCAUUGCUAUGAAUGGAGUUGGAUACUAUAUUUUCCGGAAAGCCAACUCACAAAAGUUUGCCUUCAGGAAAAACCCCUCUGACCCGGCAGUGUCUCACCUAAAAACCAUUCCUACUGCAACUGGAAAGAGUCUUAUUGUGUCUGGUCUCUGGGGGUGGGUCCGUCAUCCAAAUUACCUGGGCGACAUCAUCAUGGGUUUGGCUUGGUCUCUGCCGUGCGGAUUCAACCAUUUGAUCCCAUACUUUUAUCUGAUCUACUUGAUCACUCUGCUGGUGCACCGUAACGCACGGGACGAGCGCCAGUGCAGGAAGAAGUACGGCUCUGCGUGGGAAGAGUACUGCAGAGCUGUCCCGUACCGCAUUUUCCCAGGGAUAUACUGAGGACUCAACAGACUCGAUCUGUUACGGACAUUCGGGGCAACUAAAUCUUUCCUCAGGAUGACAUUGAACAUCAUGAGUUUUUAGCAGCUUGGCAUCUUUUUUUAAAUCUUUGACAUUUUUGUAAUUGAGCAUCAAAUUUAAACCAAAUUUUCUGCCUUAUCGCAAAACGUUUACGGAUUGUGGACACAGCCCCGUUUUUAGAGUUCGAUCUCUCAAAGAUGUAUAUUGUUGUACAGACGUGUUGUUGUUUUUUUUUUUUACACACAAGAUUGUUUUGCAUAAUCCGUAUCUUUUGA